AUGAAAACCGUACAAUUUUCUGAAGAAGAUGAAAUUGUUGAAUACCCUAUUGAAACUAUAGAUAAAUCUUCUUUUCGUGAGUUUUCUCUGUUAAAAAAGGUGGUAAAUAAGAAAAUGAAAGACAAAUCAAUUAAAUUUAAAGGAGCAGAAGAGCCUUAACAGAGCUUUAACGUGAAGAGAUAGGUCCUAUCAGUUAUGCCUCUUUGCUGGACCUUAACUAUGAGAACUAAACCUUACCUACGCGCGAAAAAGGAAAAAAAAUAGGAAAAAAUAAUAAAGAAAUCAUAAGGUGAUUAUAAAAUGAAAUUAAGGAAAACAUGAAGAGAAGGGGCGCAGAGUCAGAGAACCAGAGUAGGAGAGAGAGUGUGGAAAAUGAGGAGAGAGGUAAUGAGAGGAAGGAGACAAAUAUUCAAAAUAAUAUAUUUUGUAAAAGGAUAUUAUUAAUCGAGUCAAGAAAAAUUGGUUUGGUGAUGCCAAGGAAAUUUUUGUUUGAGAUUUCAAAGCACGUAAUGGUUAUUGAUUUUAUGAACUCUUUUAUCAUUUUCAAGAACCAUUAGUCGUUUUCUUAUUUCAUCCACCUCUUUACCUACAAUUAAGAUUUGCAGAUCAACAAUUGUUGCAACAAAAACUACCAGGAAAUACCCCGAUUAUUGAUGCCAGAAUAAUUAUAUCUCUAACUAUUCUCUUUGGAUUCACAUUUAUCGGAAUUUCUUUAAUAAUACAACAUGCCAAUAAUGAAGUUCGUCUAACUCGCUUACGAUAUGAUAAUUCAACUGAAGGUUAUAUAGAUUUCUUGUUGGAUGAAAAUUAUGCGCCACCAAUUUAUUUUUAUUACGAGUUGAAAAAUGCUCUUCGAACACAUCGGCUAGUUAAUGAAGCAAUGUGCAAAAAUCAAUUAUUAACAAAUAGCGAAUAUUCAAGUGAACAAUGUGAUCCAGAAUAUCCAUGGCCUUCAAGUUAUAGUAGUAAAUAUUAUAUGUGUACAAAUGAAUUGUCAUUUAAAAACUAUGCCAAUUACUCGAUUAUGGAUAAACAGUGUGCAAAGGGUGAAUCUUCUUAUUAUGCACCAAUGGGAGGACUUGCCACAAUUAUGUUCAAUGGUAUGAAUAUUACAUGAAGGAACUUUCAAAUUUUUGUUAUUUAAAGAUACCUUUCGCUUGGUUCGUCUUCGUGAGUUUGGAUCAGAAAAAGAAGUACCGAUUCAUUGGACAGAAAAUGGUUUGGUGCCUGAUUCAACAAAAAAUGUAUUUGGACAUCCAGAAAACAAUGAAGAUUUGUGUGAUUCAGAUAUGGUGAGAUCUUUACUUUUAUUAAAUUAAAAAAAAACUCAAAGAUUAAUUUUCAGUUCAAAAACACCGUCAAACCAAUUGGUUGGGAUAAACAUAUCUGUGAAAUGGGUGGUUAUCAAAACGAUUCAUUCAUUAUUUGGAUGUCUAAAACAGCAUAUAAGAAUUUUAAAAAAGCCUACCGUAUUUUGGACACAUCUAGACAUCCAACCGGGUUGAAAAGUGGAAGUUACCGACUCUAUGUAGAUAACAAUUGUGAGUUUUCAAUAAAAAUUUGAAAUAACCAAACAAAAUUUUUCAAGAUAGAUACGACAACAUGGAAAAAUAUUUUUGGAUUUUGCAUCCAUCAUAUUUUGGCACAGAGAUGGUCUUUUUGCAACAUCUAUAUCUCAUUGUUGGAUUGGGUUUGGUGAUAUUAUCAAUUGGUCUUGUUGGAAUGCAGAUAUUUUUGAUUGACCGGUGAGAUUCAUAUCUUCACAAACUUUGAAUUGAACAAUUUAUAGGAGAAAAAAAUUCGAUGAUGAUGACUGA